GUCUGGGGGAGGGGAGGGGAAGUGGGGAGGGAUGUGAAACUUGCCCACAGAGGGCAACGCCCCUGCUGGGUGUCCCCGGGGUCCCUGGGCCAAGGGCAGAGCGUCCAGUUGGAGUCGGCAGCCCAGGGCAGGGACAUCAUGGAGGCCUCUUGGCGGUGGCUGGUGGUCUGUGUGCUGGCCGUGUCCCUGGCCUUGGCCGUGGCCGAGGAUGUGUGCCAAGCGCCCAACGGGAAGGACGGGGCAGCAGGGAAGCCUGGCCGGCCGGGGCGGCCGGGCCUCAAGGGCGAGCGCGGGGAGCCAGGAGCCCCGGGCAUCAGGACCGGCAUCCGAGGCCUUAAGGGAGACCCGGGGGAACCCGGGCACCCCGGGAAGCCCGGCAAGGUGGGCUACCCGGGGCCCAGUGGCCCCCUGGGGGACCCCGGCACACCAGGACCGAAGGGCAUCAAGGGCAACCCAGGAAACCUCAGGGACCAGCCACGGCCAGCCUUCUCGGCCGUGCGGCGGAACCCGCCGGCGGUGGGCAACGUGGUCAUCUUCGACACGGUCAUCACCAACCAGGAGAGCCCCUACCAGAGCCACUCGGGCCGCUUCCUCUGCGCCGUGCCUGGCUACUACUACUUCACCUUCCAGGUGGUCUCCAAGUGGGACCUCUGCCUGACCGUCGUGUCCUCCUCGGGCGGCCAGGUGCGGCGCGGCGUGGGCUUCUGCGACAGCAACCUGAAGGGGCUCUUCCAGGUGCUGUCCGGCGGCACGGUGCUGCGCCUGCAGCGGGGCGACCAGGUCUGGCUGGAGAAGGACCCCGCCAAGGGCCGCAUCUACCAGGGCCCCGAGGCCGACAGCGUCUUCAGCGGCUUCCUCAUCUUCCCGUCCCCCUGAGCCAGGCGCUGCUCUGUGCCGCGAGUGGGCGCUGGACUCCGGCCGCCUCCCCGGAAUAAAUACCCGAGUCUCUA